ACUGAUCCUGCAAAUCAUACUUCCACAAAGAACAAUCAAAGCAGUUCAGUAAAUGGAUUCGACUAGCCAAGAGGAGAUUGAGUUGAUCCAAGCUCAUACUCAUAUUUGGAAGUAUGUAUUCAACUAUGCAAGUUCCAUGUGUCUCAAAUGUGUUGUUGAAUUAGGCAUACCCGACAUAAUCCACAACCAUGGAAAACCCAUGACUCUCUCUAGCCUCGUUCAUGCACUCUCUCUAAAAUCAGCGAGGAUUGAUCCCUUGAAUAGGUUAAUGCGAUUUAUGAUUCAUUCGGAAAUCUUUGCAACACAAAGCCUUGGCGAAAAUCAAGAACAAGACGGAUAUGUACUAACACCAACUUCAAGGCUUUUAGUAAAAGAUAAUUCCAAUACAAUGUCAUCCGUUGUUCUCUCCAUGGUCGAUCCUUUGAUGGUAUCAUCUUUGCAUACCUUAAGCACUUGGUUUCAGGGCAGUGAAUCUACUCCAUUUGUGGCUGCUCAUGGUAUGAAGAUAUGGAAUGUGUUGGAGCAGAAUCCUGACUCCUGAGUUUGGCAAGAACUUCCAUGAUGCCAUGGCUAAUGACUCUCACGUGUUAAUGAGUGUAAUUCUUAAUGAAGGCAAGGGGGUAUUCGAUAACUUGAAGUCUCUGGUUGACGUAGGAGGUGGGACUGGAACUACAGCUCAUGCCGUUGUUAGAGCAUUCCCGCACCUCCAUUGCAUGGUUCUGGAUCUCCCAAAUGUCGUUGCAAACUUACAAGGGACUGCUAAUGUAGUGUUCAUUGGGAGUGACAUGUUCGAGUCCAUCCCUCGUGCAGAUGCAGUUUUAUUGAAGUUUAUUUUUCAUGAUUGGAGCGAUACAGAUUGUGUUAGAAUACUUAAAAGGUGCAGAGAAGCUAUUCCGUCAAGAGAAGAGGGAGGAAAGGUGAUAAUAAUAGAUGCAGUGAUUGAAGAAGACAAGAACAAACAAGAAGAUGAUUUGAUUACUGAAACUCAACUACUCUUUGACAUUAUGAUGAUGGCUAUUCAUAAUGCUAAACAGAGAACUGAGAAAGAAUGGGAAAGACUUUUCCUCGAGUCAGGUUUUACUGACUACAAAAUAACUCGUGUCCACGGAUUUAGGUCCUUCAUCGAGGUUUAUCCGUAAGUGCUGUGGAUGUAACAUGACUGAAAGUAAUUUUCGGUCUUUCAAGGAAAGCCAGCGGAAACCAGCAGAAAAUCCUUGGUUUAGUUAAUUAAGUUUCACGCGUCAUGUAUUUUGAUUUGAUAUUGGGUUGUGAGUUUGUAUUUUUUUCUGGCUCUCCGUUACUGAGGGUCAGUGGUCGUGUUGUUCUUAUGUUCUGUUUUAUUGUUCUGAAUAAGAACUGUUUGAAAACAUGCCUCGCUACUGAUGGUGGCUUGUACAAACGGUUUUUUUAUUUUAUAUCGGCAAAGAUAAAAGAAUUGGUGCUGAAGA